GCUAAGGCAUUUUGAUCCUACAGCUGCUUUUUCUAAGCCACAGAGCAAAAAGCUCAUCAGCUUUAGAUUUAAGGCGACAGGGGAGCAUUUUAACAAUGGCAACUUUCAGCAUCACCACUGAGGAGAAUUCAAAGGAGAAUCAGCACCAUGACAACAUGAAGUCACAACUGGAAGGCCGCACGAACAGACAGCCAGAAGUGUUGUGCGACUCCUGCAUGGACAGCCCCAGCAAAGCACUAAAAUCCUGCCUGACCUGUCUGGUUUCCUUCUGCGACGUCCACCUCAGACCUCAUCUGGAGAACGUCAAAUUCCAGAGCCAUCGUUUGGUGGAUCCCCUUCAUGAGAUCAACACGCUGACGUGUGAGGUUCAUCAUGUUCCCCUCACCAGCUUCUGCCUUCUGGACAGCUGCUGCUUGUGUCUGGACUGUGAAAGACAGGAGCACGAAGGGCACCAAGCCAAGUCUUUGGAGGCGGCUCGAACACAGAUUGAGACAGAGCUUCAGAAGAAACACAAAGAGAUCAGUCAGAAUGUGGCUGCUGUAGAAACAGCUAUUGGAAAACUGCAGCACAACAGUGACCUAGUUAAGUCCUCAGUGCAGGAGGUUGGUGCUGUUAUUGAGCAGCAGUUCAGCAGGCUGCAGGCGUGUGUAGAGGAGGCCAGGAAGAGGGCUGAGCUGAUGCUGGAAGGAGAGCAGAGUCUGGUCUGCAGACAGACAGAAGGUGUCCAGGCACAUCUGGAGCAGAGGAGGGCAGAGUUGGUGAAAACAGUAGCUGAAAUACACAAACUGUCCGAGAGCAAGUCUGACGCUGAUUUUCUGAAGAAGUACUCAGAGUGGGAGAAAGGAGCGGUAGACGUGUGUACGCCUGCUGUGCACAUGAAUCGGACGGAUUAUCUGCACUCAUAUGGCCGAGCGGUGGCUGACGUUACGCAGGAGCUGUGUGACCUAGUUUUACAUUCCUACAGUGAAAAAAUGAGCAUGGUGUGCAAAAAUGGUGAAAAAUCCUCAAUAACAGAACCCCAACCUUCCUCCCAGCCUGAGCCUGAGACAAGAGAAGACUUUCUGCAAUACACAAAGAGUUUGACCUUUGACCCAGACACCACCCAUCAUUUUCUACGUAGAACAGAAGACCACAGAAAACUGACCAACACCAGCCCCUGGCAGCACAGCUACCCUGACCACCCCAGUCGCUUUAAACAUUGGCGUCAGGCCAUGACCUCGGAGGGCCUUUACAAAGGAAGACAUUAUAUUGAAGCAGAACUGAGUGGGGAGGGUGCGCAUGUUGGUGUCACCUACAAGAGUAUCGAUCGCAAAGGGGAGCAAAGUAGCAGCUGCAUCACUGGGAAUGAUUCUUCUUGGUGCAUAGGACGAGUUGGCUGGGGGGGUUCUGCUUGGCAUGCAGGUGAGGCAACAGCUUUGGAAGUCACUAAUAUCACCAGGAUCGGUUUAUAUGUGGACUUUGAUCAAGGCUUUGUGUCUUUCUAUAGUCUAACAGGUCCCAUGAAGCUGCUCCAUACUUACAUGACUAACUUUAUAGAGCCCCUUUAUGUAGCAGUCUGGCUGUCAAAGAAAGACAAUGCAGUUUCUCUGGUUUUAUGA